CCUAAUCGAAACUUCGCGAAGAAGGAACCAGUUACCAGUGGUACCUUCUCGAAAGAACGUCUCUCGUAAAAACACUAGCCAGUACCGGAAGACAGCCGGUAUACAUGAGUGUGCGAAUUAAGUAUCAAAUUCUCAUUUUCUCGGCUUGUCAGCAAUAAUUGUCACAUCAGUGCUCUUAAUACUGGGAUUUACGAAAAACUUAAACGAGGAAAGUUGUCUUUUGAGUGAGACGUUGGGCCACGCCGGUAACGCGUACAACUGGUAGGCGACACGCUGACAGCGUUACGUACUAUCCAAUUAGCGUGUUUCGCGACGUUAAAAGAGAUAACGGUAGAUAACCUUGAUCGUCUGUCAGGACACGCGACGACGCGAACCGGGUAGCUUCACCUCCACCGGGAGCAUGAUCGUCGUGAGCAACAGGUUGCCAUUCGUGCUCAAGAGAAACGAGACAACUGGGAAGCUGGAACGCAAGGCCAGUGCUGGGGGUCUUGUGACUGCUGUAGCACCAGUGGUUAUAAGCGGAAAUGGAGUCUGGGUUGGGUGGCCGGGGAUGCACAUGGACAACCGGAACGAACCGAUUCCCGAGUCCGAUCCGAACGAUCGUACUCCGACAGCUGGCCUCUUAUCCAGCAAGGUCGUGGCGGUACAUGUCGACCCAACCAUCUUCGAUGCUUAUUACAAUGGAUGUUGCAACGGAACCUUCUGGCCAUUGUUCCACUCUAUGCCCGAUCGAGCAACUUUUAUCGCCGAACAUUGGCGUGCGUAUUCCGCAGUCAAUGAGGAAUUCGCAACAAAAACUGUCGGUGCUUUGGAGAAAAUUCAGAAAGAACAAGAAAACCAGCCAAAUGGCACGCCGUUGGUAUGGGUACACGAUUAUCAUUUAAUGUUAACGGCCAACUGGAUCAGGCAGGCAGCCGAUGAGAAAAAUCUCAGAUGUAAAUUGGGGUUCUUCCUUCACAUCCCUUUCCCACCGUGGGACAUAUUCAGACUAUUCCCCUGGGCUGAUGAAAUCCUUCAAGGAAUGCUUGGUUGCGAUAUGGUUGGUUUUCACAUUCAGGAUUAUUGUCUGAACUUUGUCGAUUGUUGCCAAAGAAGCCUCGGAUGCAGGGUCGAUCGUAAGAAUCUACUGGUGGAGCACGGUGGAAGAACUGUGCGAGUUAGGCCACUUCCCAUUGGUAUUCCGUUUGAUAGAUUCGUCUCGCUGGCCGAGACUGCUAACAAAGUGAUGUUGACCAAUCAGAAAAUCGUAUUGGGAGUGGAUCGUCUUGAUUACACGAAGGGGUUGGUUCAUAGAUUGAAAGCUUUUGAGUUGCUGUUGGAAAAGCAUCCAGAGCAUCGUGAACAGGUUACUAUGCUUCAAAUUGCCGUACCAUCGCGAACCGAUGUACGCGAGUAUCAGGAUCUGAAAUUGGAAAUGGAUCAAUUGAUCGGCCGUAUAAACGGUCGAUUUACAACACCCAAUUGGUCUCCCAUUCGUUAUAUUUAUGGUUGCGUGAGUCAAGACGAGUUGGCAGCAUUUUAUAGGGAUGCUGCCGUCGCUCUCGUUACGCCGCUUAGAGACGGGAUGAAUUUGGUUGCAAAGGAAUUUGUCGCCUGUCAGAUUAAUAAACCGCCAGGCGUGUUAAUCGUUUCACCGUUUGCUGGGGCUGGAGAGAUGAUGCACGAAGCCUUGAUCUGCAAUCCAUACGAACUGGAUGAAGCUGCGGAAGUUAUUCAUAGAGCACUCACAAUGCCAGAAGAUGAACGUACACUGCGAAUGAAUCACCUGAGACGCCGUGAAAGGAUCUACGAUGUUAAUUACUGGAUGAAAUCGUUCCUCCAAGUAAUGGGAUCGCUAGAGGAACAUGAUUCCGUAGGUGCAACGACAAUGCAACCGGUGACCAUGGAUGAUUUCGACGACUACUUAUGCAAGCCCCUUAGGUAUAUCGGUGAUGAUCAUAAGUUGGCACUGUUACUGGAUUACGAUGGUACUCUGGCUCCUAUUGCAACGCAUCCGGAUCUCGCCAUCCUACCGCUGGAAACAAAGAAUGUUCUGCAAAGACUGUCAAACAUGUCUGACGUCUACAUAGCAAUCAUUUCCGGUAGAAAUGUAAACAACGUGAAGUCGAUGGUCGGCAUAGAGGGUAUCACGUAUGCUGGAAAUCACGGACUUGAAAUCUUGCACCCGGAUGGCAGCAAGUUUGUUCAUCCGAUGCCAGCCGAAUUGGAAGAUAAAGUGGCAAACUUGAUGCAAACAUUGCAGGACCAACUUUGCAGAGAUGGUGCGUGGGUAGAGAACAAAGGAGCGUUAUUGACGUUUCAUUAUCGCGAAACGCCAAUGGAGGGUCGUUCAGAGAUGAUCGAACAGGCAAAGAAAAUUAUCAACGACGCAGGUUUCAAACCAUGCCCUGCGCACUGCGCAAUCGAGGCGAAACCACCAGUCGAAUGGAAUAAGGGUCGUGCUUCCAUUUACAUUCUACGCACAGCAUUCGGAUUGGAUUGGAGUGAACGUAUCAGAAUUAUUUAUGCAGGUGACGACGUUACGGACGAAGAUGCAAUGAAGGCGUUGAAAGGAAUGGCAGCUACUUUUCGUGUAGCCUCAUCGCAUAUAAUUCGUACAUCGGCAGAAAGACGUUUACCAAGCACAGACUCUGUCUUGACCAUGUUGAAGUGGGUGGAAAGGCAUUUGAGCAGACGCAAACCUCGAAAUUGCAACGAGAUUCCAAACAGAUUCCGCCGUAAUAGUGCCGGUAUCACCAUGGAGAUGUCCUACUCGCCAUCGAAAACGCCACUAGAGUCCUAAGUGUCGUCGACGCAUCGUGGCACUCGCCGUUGCCAUAUCGACUACCCUCGACGAGAAAUAUUUAUAUGUCCCAGGCUUAUGUACUUGUAAAGUAAGACCAAGUAACUGUGCGAGAGAGAAAAGUAGAAGCAAAAGGAAUACAAAAGGGAAUCUCGUGGUAAAUAGGUAAACCGAAACGAAAAAAGUAAAAAAAAAUUAAUCCACCUGUAAAUUUGUAUCGUUUAAACUCAUAUAUGGUGGGAACCACUAUUACAUUAGAUAUUUAUCAAUUAAGUCGAGCGUCACGUGAAUAGUUCUUCCUUCCAAUGAACUGUUUUCGAGAGCAUAUUACUGAUCUCUGAUCAUGUCUGUGAUGAUCAAAUUAAAUAUGCAUGCUUACACGUACAAACUAAAUGGAAGAACUGAUCUUUUUGCAUGUGAUAUCAGCAAAUCACUCUUUGUUGAUUUUACUCAACGUGUAAUCGAUGUAUCUAUCCAGUAAUCAAUUCAAUGGUUUUAGUAAAGAAAAAGCAUAAUGCGAAUUGCGAGAAAAAAAGAAUAAAGACAUUUUGCAAUUGCUCAAUAUUUUUAUGUCAAGCAUAAAAUGUGAAUAUACACCUCCUCUUUCCCUUUUUCUUUGUCACAUUGUACGAUACGACUGGGCUGAAUAGAAGUUUUCAAUACGAUACUUAUAUCGAAAACUGCACGUAUUUACGUAGUAUAGAUUCUAGAUUCUCGCUGCUAAAGAACCAUAACAAUGUUGUGAUUUUGUUUCUGAUCAGGAAAAAUGUUUUUAUUACAGAGUAAUAUCGUAUCGUAUGCAACUAAAUAACUUUUCUUAAACACGAAACAGAUAAUUGUGAUGGAAGAAUGAUUUUACGUUGGCACAUUAGUAGAUAAGAACGAUACGAUUGCGCACGACAGUCCGAGUAUACGGCUUUACGGUAUACUCGUAACGAUCGUGAUCGGCUAGUAUAGAAAGUUUUUUGUUUUGCAUCUUUAGAAAUGAAAUUGGUUGCAAUUAGUUGAAUGUGUUGUGUGUUUAAGUUAAGCCCAUUUGAUGAAUCUUAUUUUUGAUCGUGUUUUGUUUUUCGUAUGUGUACUUCAAAAUCACAAUUUAUACAUACAGAAAAUAUUAUUGUUACAUACAUCCGUAGGAUUGCGGAGAAUUUUCGUACACACUCGCAAAUAGAAUCAUGGAACAUCUGUUUUUGUAAUAAAA